AGUCUGUACAUGAGGGCCGUCAGGGCCACCUUAAUCCUGGUACCUCUGCUGGGCAUUCAGUACUUACUGCUGCCCUACAAACCAGACGGACGGCUCGCCUCCGAGAUAUUUAUGCACACUAUGAACAUACUUAUGCAUUACCAGGGCCUUUUGGUUGCCACUAUAUUUUGCUUUUUCAAUAGCGAGGUGCAAGGUGUAUUACGAAGACACUGGAACCAGUACCGCAUCCAGUUUGGCAGCACAUUUGCGAACACCGAUGCCCUGCGUUCUGCAUCCUACACGGCCUCCUCCAUGACGGAGGUCCAUCGAUGUUACAGCAUCGACAGCCACAUGGAGACUUUAAACGGCAAGAGCUUUCACAAUCUGGAGACCACCAUUCUCCGAUCAGACAGCCUGUACAUGUGAGAGACUCUUAACUCUUUGACUUUUGGGAGAACAGCCUCACGGAGAGGACCACUGACAGAGAUGCGUGUGAGAAGAGGCCUGCUGGACAUACAUCUGGUUACUUUGGACUACAGACACCCAGAAGCCUUUCCUUUUCCAUUGAGGCCUUAGUUAUCUCAUGUUUAUGGAUGGGAACUGGAGAAAAUAAUGUAUUUUAUGUGGAAUAUUAAAGUCACGUGAACCUCUUCCAUGAUGAUCCAUUGGAACACUUUGGAGAACAUCACACAUUGUCAGUCUUUCCGAUUUCUUUGAUUGAAAUGGAGGUGUUCUAUGGGUGAAACUAUGAACUGAGGAUCGCACCCUAAUGAAGCUUUUUUCUUUAUGGCACUGUGUUUUUUAAGUGAAGGUUGAGCCACACUGAUGCAUUGGAUGAUGGAUUCCACAUCUAUAAAUCUAUGGAUUAUUCUGGCUCAAAGAAUCUAGAAGAAAGGAAUAAACAAUGGAAGAGAGACGAAAUCACUAGGACCUGAUUCCAGAAGAUACUGAUGCCUUGUCCUGCUCUUUUUGUUCAUCCUGAACUUCAUCUUGUUAUUAGUUAUGUGAUUAAUUUUAUGUGAAAUUUUUAUCCACAUACAGGGCAAUAUUGACAAUAUAUUCUAUGUAUGCAAAAUGUUUUAUUGUCUCUUAGUAGUACCGAGGAGUAUAUAUAUAUAUAU